AUGUUUGGCGGCCGGAGGAUUACCGUCGAGCUGCAGUCGCGACAUCAGUGUCUGAUGCUUAGGCAUCAACAGCAGCGCUUGAUCGCCCACUUUGACCGGUUUGCAUCGAGCACGAAAGGGCGGAGAAACGUCUUUGCUGGGAGUUGGAAAAUUCCAGCCACAUUAGGUUUCGCCUUUAUUGGAUUCCUUCAAUGGCAGCAACUCACCCACCCGACCGACGAGGAGCGCAAGGCCCAUCCGGCAGCGGCGCUACUUCGUCUUCCUGGUAGUCAAACGUCGUUUGAAGCUACAAUGGCCACGGAACGACAACUGCAGUCGCUCAAGUUUUUUCCGUAUCGAGCUGCGAGCCGACUCUGGGGAGCAGUGCACAAUAAGGAUUUACCAAUGUGGCUGCGAGCACCCGUGUACAAGGCAUGGACCGCCGUUUUUAAUUGCAAGCUGGACGAGAUGCGAUACCCGCUCCAAGACUACGCCAACCUUGGCGAGUUUUUCUCACGGCCGCUCAAGGAUGGAAUUCGCCCGUUCGAUACGAGUUCUGGUCAUCUUGCUAGCCCCGUUGAUGGCAUGGUAUCUUCUGUUGGUAGGGUGGAUGACUCUUGCGAUGUGCCGACAUUGGAACAAAUCAAAGGCGCAAGGUACCGACUGGACGAGUUCCUUGGCAGUCUACCUGCCUUUUUCUCAAAAAAAACAUCAGUUGCUGAGGGCACCAAGUUAUUCUACUGCGUGCUGUACCUUGCGCCGGGAGACUACCACCGUAUUCAUGCACCCGUGGACUGGCAGGUCAAAGAGCGCCGCCACUUUCCCGGCAAUCUAUUUCCUGUUAAUCGGACUGCAGCGCGUCUGAUCCCAAGCCUCUUCGUAGAAAAUGAGCGAGUGGCUCUUCUCGGCGAAUGGGAGCACGGAUUCUUUUCCCUCACUGCUGUUGGUGCAACUAACGUGGGCUCCAUUGUUCUCACGAAGGAACCUGCUUUCCGUACCAACACUGUCGCACAGGAUGUACAGGCAGGCCAAUGCUUUGUCCACGACUAUAGCAGCAAGGUAAAGACCGCACGUGGCGAAGAAAUGGCGCAGUUCAAGCUGGGCUCUACAGUCGUAUUGGUCUUCGAGGCUCCUGAGUCAUUCCGCUUCGUCAUCAAGCCGGGUGAAAAGUUGGUUCUUGGCAGAUGCAUUGGGAAGACAGCGUAG